ACAGCCGACGAAGUGCAGAAGUGAACUUGGUCAGACACAAACAUGCUAUACUUACAACUUUGGUUCGUAGUGUUUUUUGGGCUAGUAGAAAAGAGUAUGUCUAUGGAACAAGAUCAAUUUUGUCAAUUAAAGGCGAUCCAAGAAUGUCUAUAUCCUUCUCUAGGCCUUUUGGAAGCUAUCGAAAGUGGAAAUGAACCUCUGUCGAUGAAAGAAUGUGACUUGCUGCAGGUAAGGCCAGCCAGUGUAUGUCCUAUUUCUAGCAACUGUUUUGACACUCGCUAAAUGACGAAAAGUGACUGUUUUGGUUGUGGACCUGAUCUGCUCAUGCCUCUGGUCUGCUCAUGUUAAAACUCUUUACAAUUAGAUUUUGUUUUCUACAAUAAAUUUUCUCUUCAACUAGUCUACAAUAUACUACAAUUAGAUUGUUUUCAAUUUAGUUUUUUUCUACAGCUAAUUUGAUUUCCUCUCUUAAUAAAAUAUCAUUUUUCACGUCAAUUUCUUUUCUUGAAUAUGCUUCAAAUUCUUUUAUUUCCCUUGUAUAUAUAUUACAGUUGGUUUGAUCUUGCCCAAUAUAGUUUGCAAUAACAUUGUCCUCCAACAUAAGUGAAGCGGUACUACUGAAAUUGACAUAGCACAACAUCUAAACGCACCAUUAUAAAAAGUCUUUAGGACAAAGACAAAAGGAUUGGUGAAGUGCAAGGGCGUAGCCGACCGCUUUUUUCUCAUUUAAGCUCGAUUUGUAAAAGUCCUUUGGGCAAUGGUGGGCGGGAGGGUCCGAAAUUUCUGGCUAUGGCAUCAAGAGAUCUAAUGUGCUUGAUCACUAUACUGGGCUGGACAUGAUCUUUUUUUAACUGAACUCAAAGGUAUAAAAGAAUACACGGCUGACACAGAUUUCGGACUGCAGUACACGAUUUUUCGAUUUGCCCGGCGCUUAAAACAUGGUUCGAGUCAUCAAAGGUAAAAUUAUUUAGAAGUUAUCUGAAGGUAAGCAAAAAAACAUUCGAGUUAGCGGAUGUUCGAGUUACCGAGGGAAUAAUUACAGUAAAUGCAUGAAGGAAAUCCAGCGGAAAUCGAUUUUGGUUCGACUUAGAGAGGGUUCGAGUUAUCGGGAGUCGACUGUAUCUCUUUAGAGUCGCAGUGGACGCUGACCUGGAGAGGAAAAAAAUGAUGAGCUCAGUGGCGGCUUUCUCAGUUGCAAUGUCUUUUUUAACUGUUUCGUUCAGUGUAUCUCAGUAAGUUUGAGGCAAAACAGAAGCACGGCUAGUUUUUAGAUCAUUCGCCGAUUUUCAAGUAAAAUGAAAUAAAGAACCAUUCUGAUGGAUUGGCUAGUUCGAGGUUGCAUUUUAACAUCGAUUAGUGAAGAAGUGUAACCAGGGCAUAAAAUUACCUGUUUUGCAUGAUCUACUUGGCUACUUGAUAUUUCAGGAAAACAAACAAGGAUAAAAUGGUUUGUUAAAUGUUACUUAAAAGAUGGUGUUCAAGGACAGAUUCAAGAGAAUUACAGUGGGUUCCCCAUAACUUGAACCUUCAAGCGUUAAGGGAAAUUGAAAAACGUUCGAGUUAUCGAGAGUUUGAAGCAAAUAACCAGAAAUAACAAAAGGGGAUGGGGAGGAAUGCGAGUAUAUGCAAACUUCACUUUAACGGCAGCAAGAGAUAUGCAACAAAUCUUGAUUAAUCUUUAAAAGGUUACAUAUUGUAUUUGAAUUUGGACUGACAAAAAAUUACAGACAAAGACCACCUAAACAGUUGUUUUGAAAUAAAUUCAAAGUUUUUGACUAAAGUUCAUUACUUUUUUUCACGACCUGUCACGCGCAUAAAUGGUUCGAUUUAUGGAGGGUAAAAUUGUACAGAAAAGUUGAUCUGAGGGAAACAAAUAAAAUUACUUCGAGUUGGUGGGAGGUUUGAAUUAGCGAGGUUUCAAGCUAGUCGACUGUAUGGGCCAAUUUUGUCAGUUUUACCCGCCCAUCAGAGCGACUACAACGAGUUCCAUUUUCAUGCCCUUUCACGAAAUUACAUGAGCUCACUUUGACCCAAAUUCUUGUUAAGCCCGAGCUUAAUGGCUUAAAGGCAGCUACGCCCCUGGAAAGGUUAUCUUAGCCUGGCGAACGGAACUUUUAAAACAAAAACUACAUCAGUAUAUUACUAUUUGGGUCAAAUGGACUUUGGAAUUGCCUAUAACUGUUUGCUUAGGAGCUGUUAAAAAAAAUUGAUGUGACUACAAAUUUAUAAGAAUAUUCAUGCGUUGAGAAUAUUUUUAAUUCAAGGAAAUCCACGCCCAGGCUAACAAGUCACACAAGCAGUCAGUUGAAACACUUUCCAUUCUAACUAUACAACUACAGUUUAGCUUCUUAGCUCCUAAAUAAAUGUUUCCAGCUAAAGGUUCAUGCAUGUUGAAAGUAACAUAAGUCUUUGGCUAAACGUGACAAAAAAUUCAAAGCUGUUACUCAAAAUAAACAAGGAAGAAAACAAGAGAAUGGUGUAGUGUUUCACUUUUUAUCAUGAAUGAUGCAGUACUAAGUCUUUUCUUCCUCCUAUCUGAACGUCUGACAAACCGGGAACCAAGCACGAACACCAGCUACUCAAGUGAUAUAUAAAACUGGAGGGGGUGGUCUAUCUUCUGCAUUAUUCAAGAUAAUGAAAUGAAACGUUGGCAAUAGAUUUUUAACGGCUUACACUUGACACAAUGAAUGAAGUUGAGAUGACGCUGUCGCGAAAUGAGUCAUGUUAUAGUAAAGGAUACCAAUCUUUUUUUUUUUUUUUCUUUUUCUUCUUUUUUUUUCUUUUGGGUUAGACAAAAUGGCGUUCGAAAUCUUACACAGAACCAAUUUCUGCGUGUUCAGGCCAUAUCAUCAAUAUAAUAUGACGGUUUUGACUUUGCUUCAUCCAAUUACGGGGCCUUACAUUCAUCGACAAGAAACAAUCUUAUAUUACCAAAACGUUUCAGUGAAGACAAAUUCUCCUAGUAUUCAGAAGCCUUAAGGAACAAACUGAAAGUUGCUGUAUGGGUGGUCGCGCGAUUGGUUGCUGUGGAAACACUGUUAGGAAUAAAGCUCACUUAUCAGAAAAAUUUCAAGCCGUUCUAGGAUAAACCCUGUGGUAGUUUCAUGUUGAUGGAACAUUUCCUUUCGGAGAUAGAACACACCCUUAACCUCUUAACAAAAAAAUGCGCGACUCAAUCUGCCAAUUCGAAUUUGUGGGUGCUAUUAAUAAAUGCUGUAAGUAAUGGUAACAGGGCUGAGUGGAGUCCAAUUCGGAGUGUAAUCAUACGAGUGAUUAACAAAAUCGGACGACCGCGUAGCGGGAUUCCGAUUUCUUUAAUCAAAAACUGUCCUAUUAAGGCUGAAAUAAGGGCAGUUUAUAGCCAAUCAGAUUUGAGAAUUUUUUUAUAGUUAUGAUUAAUGUGGUAACUGAUAAGGGCAGAAUAUCAAAUUAGAAGUUAUUUUUAUUGUCAGUCAGGUUGAAGGGCACAUGGUAAACUUUUCUCCUGACAGAUUGGUAUCUAUUUGAUAUUAUUUAUUUAUUUGUUUAUUUUCACUGUUUAAACGCGCAUUCUUGGUACAAUAAAGAACCCUCUGUAUAGAGAUAAAGAGAUACAGAGGUCAAACGAAACAAUAGACAGUUUCAUGUGACUACGCCUUGUGCACUGUAUUUAAGUCACAAAACAAUGAAAUGGCGACCAUGUUCGGUGGUUUGAACCAAUCCUGUGGGAGGUAAACCUUUUUCUCAUGCAACCACUUUCCUCUGUUCCAUAAAUUUGCACAGCUAGUGGCCUCUAUAGCGUAGAUACCAGUUCGAACAAUAGCUAUUUAAAUUGCGGGAAAAAAGGGAAAUUUUUUUUGGUGAAUGAGAAGAAGACAAAAACCUCUGAUUAACAUUUACAAUCAGUCGCCUAUAGGAAAUUCUAAUCGCAAAAAAUUCAGUGCAGUAACAUCGAUUACGACAAAAGGAUCAGUAGGAGGCUUGUUUUGUUAUGUUUAGCCCCUUGUUAAACGGUUCUCUGUUACUUUUUAUGGUUAACUUCUUGCGUUUUAACGACAGGUAACAUCUCGAGAAGGUAUCACUAGCUUGAGAAAAAAGAUGUCUACAGAACAUAUUUGAACUUACCGUUAUUAGUUACUUCACUCGGAAUGAGAAUUCGAGGGAAGUGACUCAAAACCUUAUUUUUGCAGACCUCAAUUGGUUGUUUUUCCGUUCCUCGCUGUCCUGGAAACCUCUUGAAGGCUUUUCGCUACCUCGUUUUGACUGUGGGAACCACCCUAAAGAAAUCACAAUACGCAUGUCCCAAUCUCGACGUCGAAACCUUGGGACAUUUUCUUGAUAAAGGUAGGUUUUGAAACCUGAAAUUGUGUUACAUUUACAUAUUUAAAGUUUAGGUUUACCCUACAGGAAAUAUUCGGAAAAGUUCCUUACAACUAGUGGAGUAAAACUGGUACAAGGCGUUUGUCCACUAAAAGUUAAAAUUACUCAAUUUCCUGGUGGAUUCCGCCUUAACACAUAUUUAAAGUAUAGGUUUACCCUACAGGAAAUAUUCAGAAAAGUUCCUUACAACUAGUAGAGCGUAGCACCUAAUCACUAAGAAUUAUUUUUUGCGAAGCUAGUAUGUAAUUUUGGCGGAGAAACCGGUAGGCAUAGCUAUCUGCUUAUCAUUUUCACGGAAGAAUAUCAUGUACCGACAUUUAAUCUUCAUUGGAACAUCUAAAUAAGAAUCCAUCAAAGAGCUGAAACAAGACCUGAAGAAUGUUAACCGGCAUAAAGUCAAGUCCAAAUAGACACAAUAACGGUGGCUUGACAGGGUUUCUGAGGUCAAAACCUCCCAACUUUGAGCAUGAACGACGUCGUCAUUAACAAAGAUUUGGAAACAUUAGCACCACAGCUGUAUUAAAUAAAGAUGAAUUCUCGGAAUGGGUGUGAAAGAAACGUGUGUGAAAGAUCAUAAGGAUAUCUUUAGGCCGAUAGCUAGAAAAAAAGAAUUUGUCUGAUUAGUAUAUGUUUUGCGGUGCUCCUGUUAGCGGUUUUGUAGACAUUUUGUUCUACUUAAACUAAAAGGCGAAUAAUUUUGAAACCAAUUGAGAUUCUUGAGAUUAACAGUUGUUUUAUAAGACUGAGUUUCAAGAUUAAUUACAGCUCUUCUCAACCUCUCCUCCUACCCGUCUUAUUGUAGUAUAUCGUCCACCGCCAUCGACCGAAACUCGCCUUACCUUCCCUCUUUUUCUGGAAGAAUUCACCUCCUUUCUGGAUAUCUGGUCUCUUCUUCUGGUCAAUUACUCAUAUGCGGUAACUUUAACUUACAAGUUGAUGAUUCUUCGUACCCUGCUGCCCUCAAGUUUAUGGAUCUUCUUAACUGCUUUAACCUCAACCGACACACUCUCUCUCCCUCUCUCUCUCCAACCCCCAGAAGUAAUCACACCCUGGACUUAAUUAUUACAAGAUCUAAUGAGAACUUCGUCAGCAAUCUCUCUGUCCACGAUCUCAUCAUCUUAAUCAUUGUAAUCUUAACGAACCUCCGCCUAACCCGAAGAUAGCUGUCGCUAACCAUAAACUUCGAGCCAUUAAUUCUGAUAAACUACGUUUCACCUCUCUACCUUUAUGAUCAGCCUCCCUGUGAUGUCACUGAACUUUGUGAUCAAUAAGACACUAUUCUCUAUUCCAUUUUGGAAAAGCACGCUCCUUUGAUAACCAAGCCGAUUGUUCAACGCCCCCACGUCCCGUGGUACACUGAUGAUAAUCGCGUUCGAAAAAACUCUCCGCCGCCAACUGGAAAGACGCUUGGGCCGCUCUCAGCCUCCUGUUGACUGUUGUGUCUUUGUUGAUCAAUGCUCUUUGGUAAAGAACCUUGUCUUCAACGCCAAAAUGUCUUUCUACUCUACUUUGAUUCAUGAUGCCGGUACCGAUAGCCACGCCCUCUUUAAGACAAUUGAUCGUCCAUUUCAAAGAAAACCUGAUAAACGUCUACCCUAUUGUUCCUCGUCAGUUUAGCUUGCUAAUAGAUUUCCGCCUUUUUCAAAGUAAAAAUGGACAACCUUCGUAGUGAGCUUCCUGAUGAUGACCUCCCUGACUAUUUUGCUGCACUUGAUACUCCUACAUAAGUUAAGCUGUAGCCUGGAGUAUUUUUCGCCCACCACUAUCCACGAACUCUCUCAAAUAGCUCGUCAAGUUGGUUCCAAAUCAAUUCGAGCUUGGUUCCUCUCCCUUCAACUCUUUUCGUCACUCAGAUCGACCUCCUUCUACCUGUUUUAUAUAACAUCGUGAACCUUUCCUUGGAAACUGGUAAUUUUCCACGAUCUCUUAAAUCUGCAGUCCUGUCACCGCUCCUUAAGAAGCCUUCACUCAACCAUGAAUUAUUACGGAAUUUUCGACCAAUGUCCAACAUCAUUAUUGUGGAUGUCCAAGAUCAUUGGAAAAGUCGUCGCUUCCCGUCAUAUUUACUAUCUUGAGCUGAAUCACCUUGGUGACCACUCCAGUCUGCGUACCAACGCUUUUACAAUUGCAAGACAGCUUUUGUCCGCAUCCAUAACGGCUUAUUACGUGCCGUAGAUAACCGAUGUUGUGUGGUUCUGCUAUUACUCGAUUUAUCGACCGCUAUUGACACUGUCGACCAUAAUUUAUUACUCAGUAGACUCGAAUCCAAGUUUUCAGUUCGUGGUAAAGCAUUGCAGUGGUUCAUAUUCUAUCUUUCUCAACGUUCUCAGUUUGACUGUAUGUAUCGACCUGGAUAAAUCCUUUUCUCCUGAAUUGAAUUGCGGCAAACCCCAAGGUUCCGUGUUGGGUCCAGUCCUCUACCUUCUCUACACAUCACCUGUGGCUGACAUUCUUCGGCAUCACAAUAUGGCUUUCCAUCUUUAUGCUGAUGACACCCAGUUAUAUGCUUCUUUCUCCUGCGACGACGACUUGGGAUUACAAAUUAUAACAUGAUAUGAGUAACAUCAAAAGAUGCCUCCAAAUACAGUCCACAGAAGGUUAGUCUUUUAUCCACUUCAUUUCGGUGCUGAUCUCAUCCAGCCCUCCCAACAUGUCAGAGACAUUGGUGCUAACUUGACUGUACUCUUUUCCCCAGGUUAAAUCCCUCUGUAAGUCAGCUUUCUAUCAAAUGCGGAACAUUGCUCGCAUUAGGAGGUAUUUAUCUCCCAAGACUACUGAGUUGCUUAUCCAUGCCUUUGUCUCCUCGAAGUUAGAUUUCUGUAAUUCUCUGCUUUAUGGCAUCCUUAAACGUGUACUGCGGAAACUACAGUCCGUUCAGAAUCCUACUGCGCGCUUAGUGACAUCUUCUUCAAAAGUGGACCACGUAACUCCUCUAUUGAUGCGACUGCAUUGGCUCCCCAUUGCCGAACGCAUUAAAUUUAAUUGUUCCUUUAACCUACAAAGGCCUCCACGACCUAUCGCCUUCCUACAUCAAAGAACUCCAUACUUCGUAAUGUACUGCACACAUGCUUCGAUCAUCAUCUACCUUGCUUUUAGCCCCAACUGAUUAUAACAUGAAGACUAUGGUGCCAGGGCGUUCGCCAUCUCCGCUCCUAAGCUUUGGAACCAGUUACCUGAUGACAUUAGGUGCGGUUACACACACCAUGGUAAAAGGUCUUUCGCGUGGUAAAUCUUCCGCGGUAAAUUUUUACUCGGGUAAACUUUACCAAGGUGACUUGCGGUACACGUGAAUUUAUUUACCACGGUUGAUUUCCGUUUUCACGCAAUUAUUAUUAGCGGCAGGAUUAGCUCAGUCGGUAGAGUGCUUGACUGCAGAGCGGGAGGUCGCGGGUUUGAUUCCCAGGGCCGGAGCAAUACUCAGAGACUAAAACCCGGGGAUGGGUACUCCCUAAUAUAAGCCAUAUAGGUGUGUACCACCCCAACGGGUAGUGUUUCUGCACCUUUUUGGUCUGAGAACGGGUAUAGAAUUUGCCUAUUUUGGUCUGGUCUCGAGGGAACUACGGGAGUGUAUAAACGUAUUUAUCGUUUCGUCCAAAAUGAGUAAGAAAGAGAGAGAAAUAUGCGAAUUCUAAAUGAAUUCGAAUAAUUUUUUUGUUUGCGCUUGAUCGGGGUAUUCCCUUUAAAACUUUCACUUUUCAUUUGCAACCAGAAAAAAAAAGUUUAGUUUCUGUAUAUUAAACGCGAAGCCAUUUACAUCUCUUCUCUCAUGACUUGAAAUAAUUAAGAUUACGCCUGACUUAACGACCCCACAAAGCUAAAACGAGACAAAACUUGUCACGCAGCUGCUGAAAGCAGGUACGUGAAGUCAGAACUUUUCUUGUACUUUGCUGUAAAAGCCUGUAUAUUCAACUUUUACUUUCGUUGAAUUCCAUGGCGAAGAUUUCCUCAGCCCAAAAACCAAGAAGGAUCUUGACAGCAGCUGUAUUUCAUUUUGUGGCGGCAGUGGAAGAACACCAAUAGCUGAAAAUUUGAAAUGUUAAAAGAUUUUCCCUGUAGUCCGCCGUCCGUUUACCGCUCUUCGAUCAUCACAAGCACAGCGCACUUAUUAAUACCAAAGUCCACUCCAACAUCAUUGCUAAAUGUUCUGGCGGUCUGCGCAAGAGAAUCAUUUUCUCCUUCACCCCUGCCAUAAAUCUUCACAUCACUGGCAUUAAACAAUGUAUGAUUAAUUUUUCUUUCUUCUUUGUUGAGAUGGAAUCCAGUAGAUGCCUCUUGUAAGAGACAUGUGGGAGUGGAGAAAGGAAAUCACCCAGGAAAAUUCCUUUUUUAUCAAUUAUUAUUAUCAAUAAAAUGUCCAUUUAUUUUUAUUAUUAUUACUGUUAUUAUUAUCAUAAUUAUUAUUAUUAUUAUUAUUAUUAUUAUUAUUAUUAUUAUUAUUAUAAAAAUUAAAAUCUUUAUUAAAAAAACCUCAAUUAAAAUCCUAUUUUCAAUCAACCUGCUGUUACAAAAAAUCUAAUUAAUUCAUCAAAACACUAUCUACAAUUCCAUCCAUUACAAAAGAAACCCCUCGGCCUUCAUUAGAGAACAAAAACAAUCCUAUAUAUAAUAAGCGAAAAAAAUAAUCUAUUCAUUUACAAAUUCUAAAAUAUAGAAGUAACUUAACCUUACAUAAAAGAAGUGGAAAUAAAUAUAAUUAAUAAUAAAAGUUCAACAUUCUAUAAAAUGAAGAAUUCCAUCAUGCAGAGAUAUUAAUCGAAUUAUACUAAUGACGGCUAAACCAGUGUCCAUAAAAAGCCUAAGUAAAAGCAUAUUAUUAUUAUUAUUAUUAUUAUUAUUGUUAUUGUUAUUGUUGUUAUUGUUAUUGUUAUUGUUAUUGUUAUUAUUAUUAUUAUUAUUAUUAUUAUUAUUAUUAUUAUUAUUAUGUACAUGUCGCACACCUAGAGGUGGCCUUAUUCCCCAAAACAUCAAGCUAUCUCCUAAGGACGAGGGGUUUCUUUUGUAACGGAUGGAAUUGUAGAUAGUGUUUUUGAUGAAUUAAUUAGAUUUUUUGUAACAGCAGGUUGAUUGUAAAUAGGAUUUUAAUUGAGGUUUUGUAAUAAAGAUUCUUUUCUCUUAUUAUUAUUAUAUCUCCUAUCACGACCAUAGGUGUCUAGGGUCCUUCUUAGGAUCUUAGCUGUUCCCAGCAAACAAGCUUUCUGGAACAAUGCAAUGAUCCAAUUAUUAUUGAUGCAAGUAUUAUUUUCAUUAGUUUUAAAAUAGUAUGAUUAUUAUUUUAUUAUUUCGUUCUUAUAGGUUACAGUGUGAAAUGCGAAGACAACAAAAGCGUUAAAGACAUCUGUGAUAGAAGCUGCAAGUGUAAGAAUGGAAAACUUGAUUCUUGUUAUAGAGUUCGAAAAGAGUUUACCAAAAUGAGUCUUGAAGAACGAACACGCUUCAUAAAAGCUUUCAAAAUGGUUUCGUCUGAUCCAAGAUAUAUAAGGGAACAUGAGAGAAUAGGAAAAGUGCAUACAGUUAUACCAGCCAUGGAAACCUUUUUCCCCUGGCACAGAUGGUAUACGCUGGAGUUAGAAAAUCUUCUUCGCCAGGUCGACUGCCGGAUAACAAUUCCUUACUGGGAUUGGUCUAAAGACGCGGAGCACUGGACGCGAGGGUCUGAGAUCGAGGAUACAUGGAAUGAAGGUCCUCACGGUCUGGGGGGCAAUGGAGUCUUUCCUUUAGGGUGCGUAAUGAAUGGUCCGUUUAAAUAUGGUGAAUACUCUUUACCUCAAACUAAUGGACAUUGCUUGAAACGGAAUUUUAAUUACUCUUGCAAACUGCCAAAUGCAGAAAAAAAAGAAAACAUCCUCCAGGAAGCAAAUUUUACUGUCUUUAGGAACACAAUUGUUAAGCAUCACCACGGGCCAUUUCAUAAGUGUGUUGGUGGCACCUUAGCCUUUUAUGUGACAGCCCCAUACAGUCCGGAAUUUUGGCUCCUCCAUAGUUAUCUUGACAAACUCUGGGUGAAAUGGAAAAGGAGGAACGAGGGUAGUUAUUCCGAUUUAAGAGAUUCUACUAAAAUUAUGGUAAUGACUGUACACCAUCCCUGGGAGUAUCAUGAUGAAGACCACUUACCUGGUGACGUAAAGAUAUCUUAUGAAGAGUGACAUUAAGGAUCUUGGAGGAGAGUAGGUAAUGCAAAUGCGUCUAUUUUCCAGCAGUAAGAAUAAAGGGAAACAAGCCAAAGGGGAAAAAUAUAAUUUAAAAUAAACAAAAACAAAAACAAAGCCAAAACCAAAUUAUACAAAAAAGAGGUAAACAGCUAAGCCCUAAGCUGAAAGUCUAACCCGGACCAUCUGCACGGAAGGUCGGCUCCUAGACCACUGCGCCACGCUAGCAAGGAUAGUGUACCGGUAGACGCUGUUUGAAGCUGGUGGAGCUGUAUUUAUCAUGAACUCAAAGAUAUGUUUGAGGAAAAUUAGACAUAAUUAUUUGUUGUUGUUGUUUACUCUCCGCCCUUUACCCCGCAAGUUCUUUUUUUCUUGGAACAACAUCUUCAACAUCUCAUCGUAACUGGAUUUGCAUGUCAUAAACACUGUCACUGCGGUGAUUAAAAUGAUCAGAAUUAUAUAUAUUUAUGUUACAUUCAUAGUCCUCAUAUUCAGAGUUAUUGUCAAAACGGUUAUCCUCAAGGUCUUGCCUCAAAUUCAGAGGAGGGAAUGAUGACAGAAAUUGAAUUAAUUCAUCUCCAACGGAGGUAAUUUCCGACGCCAUUUUGUUUGUUUAUCCUUUGCGCGGCGCCCUCGCAAAAAAAUGAGCGCACGCAUCACAUGAGUCAUGUCACAAUUUGUGCUAAAAAUAGCACAUUUGGUUAUUUCGAUGGAACCAACCCUAUUACUGGUGAAGGUAUCCAGUUACGGUCUCCGUCCUAUCACGAUAAUGGCUCCUGGUUAUCCAAGGAACUUGCCUUUGGAGUAGACGACUAUCAUCCUCCGUUUUAUUCAUUUUCGCCUCGAAUUGUUCGGAUAUAACAAAUGUGCACUAUUUUUCGCUAUUACUUUGCAGUUAACUUGUAUUCAAACUGUUAUAAACUGAGUUGCGGUUAAACUUAAAUCUGCGAUUUCGUUUUAAUCAGUGUCUAUUUCCAGUUCCUCUUCUCUAAACUAACACCUUCAACCAACUGAUCUGAUCACUUUCCUGAAAAAUUAUACCCUAUUUUAGAGUCAAACUUCAUGAUGUCUAUACCCCAUUACAGACUAAACUUCUUGAAAAAGAUACCCUUCACACCUAUAUAGCCCAUAUAUGGCAGUAAAUUACCUAUCGUGCAUGCCAGGGUUUCCUUAUACGAUUCGAUCACUUGCUUAUUUAAUUCGAAUCAGAUACCAUGACGCCACUAAAAAGUAAUAUAGUUGUUCUCAACACUAGACGGGGUUCAUGGCUAACAGAUAAGACAUGUCGUCCUUUAAGUGUCGCAUUCCCACAAAUCUUCUAGUUUAGAGGUGUAUCAAGGUCCCAGCCGGAAUAACAUGAAACGGGGCAGUGAUAAAAAACAACAACUACAACAGAUAUUUGACAUAAUUUUCCUCGGAAGAAAUGUACGAGACAACUGCUUUCAGAGGGCGGUGUAGCCAUUAGCUGCGCCCUUGUU